AUGGAUUUUAUUGUUGGCCUUCCAAGAGUACAAAAAGGGUAUAAUGUGCUAUGGGUGAUUGUGGAUAGACGUACUAAGUCAGCGUGCUUCAUACCAGUGAAGGAUACAACUACUUCAAAUCAGUUGGGUCAGAUUUAUGUAAAAGAAAAUGUGAGGUUGCAUAGUGUGCCCAAGACAAUAGUGUCAGACAGAGAUUCAAGAUUUGUUUUAGCCUUCUGGCAUGGGUUUACAAAAAGCACUAGGUACAAGGCUACUAUCCAGAUGGCACCAUAUGAAGCUCUAUGUGGAAGAAAGUACAAAUCAACUUUGUAUUGGGAUGAAGUAAGAGAGAAUGAGUCUUUGGCUCAAGCAUUAGGACCAGAGAUGACUCAAAAGAUGAUUGAAGAUAUCAGAAAAGGAAAGCUUGCUCCACGAUACAUUGGUCAUUUUGAAGUGCUAGAAAGGAUUGGAAAAGUAGCUUACAGACUUGCAUUACCACCGAGCAUGGAACAAGUGCAUAAUAUUUUUCAUGUGCCAUUGUUACGCAAGUACAUAAAUGAUCCUUCUCAUGUAUUACGAGCAGAGGAAGUGAAACUGAAGGAGAAUUUGAUUUAUGAUGAGUGUCUAAUCCAAAUAUUGGAUAGAAAGAUUAAAGAGCUCCGGAAUAAAAGUAUUCCACUCGCCAAAGUUCUUUGGAGAAAUCACAAGGUUGAGGAAGCUACUUGGGAAGUGGAGCAAGACAUGAGAGACCACUAUCCAGAGUUAUUUGCUUAA